AUGUGGAUAAAAAGGAUUCUUGAAGAAUUAAAGUUUUCUUACUCGACUCCAAUCAAGGUAUAUUGUGACAACAAAGCUGCUAUUGCUAUAGCUCAUAAUCCAGUUCUUCAUGAUCGCACGAAACAUAUAGAAGUGGAUAAACAUUUCAUCAUGGAGAAAGUCAAUGCAGGAAUAAUAUGCAUGACAUAUAUUCCAACUGAUGAACAAUUAGCUGAUGUACUAACGAAGGGACUACACAAGAAGCAAUUUGAACAAGUCCCAGAAGACGCAACAAUAUUUGAUCCCCCUGUUGCCAACAUAGGAAAAUUAGACUACCCACCCCCACGAUUUCCUCUAGCUGCCACGGACUUGAUUGAACUCCCCUUCUAUUCGUCAGUGCUCAAAUUGAGAGAUCCCAUUGAGCAACCCAAUCAAGAAAGAGGCAAACGUGAUCAGCAUUUGCACAAUCAAGAAAGAGGCAGACGUGACCAGCAUUUGCACAGUCAAGAAAGACGCAGACGUGAUCAGCAUUUGCAGUCUCAAUCACACGGGGUAGUGGAUGAGAAGAUAAAACUGAUGAGAGAUCAGCUCAUUCUAGCAAAAGCAUAUUUAAGUUUUGCACCACCAAAUAGUAACUCUCACUUAAUUAAAGAGUUUAGAACACGGAUCAAAGAGGUUGAACAAGCAAUCGGUGAUGCCUGCAAGGAUUCUGAUUUGCCACGGAGUGCUUCACAGAAAAUGAAAGGAAUGGAGGCUUCAUUUUCCAAAGCAAGUCGUGCAUACCCUCACUGCUCUCAAAUGGCAACAAAACUUCGUGCCAUGGCUUAUAAUGCUGAAGAACAGAUUCAGGCGCAGAAGAAUCAAGAGUCAUAUCUUGUUCAACUUGCUGGAAGGACUACCCCUAAAGGCCUUCACUGCCUCUCGAUGUGGUUGACAGCUGAAUAUUUUUUCCUUCAACCUGAGGAAAGGAAGUUCCCUAACCAACAAAAGUUGAAUGAUACAGACCUUUAUCACUAUGUUGUAUUCUCUGACAAUAUUUUGGCUUGCGCAGUGGUUGUUAAUUCCACAAUUUUCUCUGCCAAGGAACCGGAGAAAAUUGUUUUUCAUGUGGUGACUGAUUCUCUCAACCUCCCUGCAAUUUCAAUGUGGUUUUUAUUAAAUCCUCCUGGGAAAGCUACAAUUCAUAUUCAGAGUAUAGAAAAUUUUGAAUGGUUACCAUCCAAUCAUAUUUCAGCAUCAUCAGAACAGAAGUCCAAUGAUCCAAGAUAUACUUCUGUCUUUAACCAUCUUCGGUUCUAUCUGCCAGACAUCUUUCCAUCACUGAAUAAGAUUGUGUUCUUUGAUCAUGACGUGGUAGUGCAAAGAGAUUUAACCGAAAUUUGGAGUGUUGACAUGAAGGGGAAGGUAAAUGCGGCCGUGGAGACUUGUCAGGAAAGCGAAGCUUCGUAUCAUGCAAUGCAUAUGUAUGUAAACUUGUCAGACCCAUUUUUAGCGAAGAAGUUUGAUGUCAAUGCUUGCACAUGGGCAUUUGGUAUGAAUUUAUUUGAACUCCAUGAAUGGAGAAGAAAGAACAUAACCGGGCUCUAUCGUAUGCAACUGGUGGAUGUUGCAACACGUGGACGAAAUUGGUUGGGAGUAUGUAGAUAGGGGAUAUCAGACGAAGUGGGUAAAUUGGUUUGCCAAAUGGAUUCUACAGCCAUCGCAGCAAAAUCACUAAGCUGAGCUUUAGCAGUUUCUUCUCUUCCUCAAUUGAAUCAGCAAUAUGGAGACCAUAUCAGCUACCCCAUCAAUCAUCACUGCAGCUGUUGCAACCAGGCCAUUACCCAGGCUUGAGUCCCCGGUUGCCAUUGGUAAGUUUAUAUGGUAAUUUAAAAGGGUUGUUUCCCUUUUAUAACUUCAACUGCAUAUUUUGUUUUCAGGGCUGCCAAGGAUGGCAAAGAGAGGGAAGUGAUGUGUUCAGCGGAGGAGAAGGGUUGUGGUGAGGGCAAAGGGUCGGGCAUGGGGAUGAGUGCAUCGUUGCUGGCAGCAGCAUGUGCGGCUACCAUGUCGAGCCCGCGGGCCAUGGCUCUGGUGGACGAGAGAAUGUCGACCGAUUUUAGCAACAAUAUUCUUGGGUGGAUACUGUUUGGAGCAUUCGGCUUGAUUUGGGCUCUUUACUUUGUUUACACUUCCUCCCUUGAGAUGAGGAGUCUGG